AUGAGUGCUGAGAUGAGUAGCCUAGAUCUAGCCUACUUCUGUGAUGUUUCAGAAAAUAGUGGACGGCAAAAGCAGCCUCCUCCUGAUGAGGACGAAGCUGAGUCAGGCUUGACAACUGCACUCAAGGUAGGAGCGGUAGGAGCGCUAGGUUUAAUUGCUAUACGAUGCUGGUGCAAGCAGUCAGCAGCCCCCAGCACCCACACAACAUGGCAGAGCUACCAAUCCGUGGACAACCGCACCUUCCGACAGAACAACUUCACCUUACGACAGAACAACCUCACCUUCCGACAGAACAAUCGUACCGUCGUAAUAAACCCCCAACGCCAGAGCGACCAGUACCCGUAUAGGAACAGUUACCCCCCCAGCAACCUAUCUUUACCCGUCUGCUCCUCCGACCACCGGGUAUCCCAAUACAAGCGCAACAGCACCACCUCAAAGCUCAAGAGCUAUUAUUCCUCCAAGGAUGGUUAUUCCUCCGACGAGUCCGACCCAGACCAACAGUCAUCUCAAUACAAGCGCAACAGCACCAUCUCACGGCCCAAGAGCUACUAUUCCUCCAAGGAUGGAUAUUCCUCCGACGAGUCUGACCCAGACCAACAGUCAUCUCAAUACGUGGACAACCGCACCUUCCGACAGAACAACUUCACCCUACGACAGAACAACCUCACCUUCCAACAGAACAACCGUACCGUCGUAAUAAACCCCCAACGCCAGAGCGACCAGUACCCGUAUAGGAACAGUUACCCCCCCAGCAACCUAUCUUUACCCGUCUGCUCCUCCGACCACCGGGUAUCCCAAUACAAGCGCAACAGCACCACCUCAAAGCCCAAGAGCUACUAUUCCUCCAAGGAUGGUUAUUCCUCCGACGAGUCCGACCCAGACCAACAGUCAUCUCAAUACAAGCGCAACAGCACCAUCUCACGGCCCAAGAGCUACUAUUCCUCCAAGGAUGGAUAUUCCUCCAACGAGUCUGACCCAGACCAACAGUCAUCUCAAUACAAGCGCAACAGCACCACUUCACAGUCCAAGAGCUACCAUUCCUCCGACACAUGUCCGACCCCGACCAACGGUCAUCUCAAUACAAGCGCAACAGCACUGCCUCACAUAUCCAAAGCUACUCGUACUCCAAGGAUGGUUAUUCCUCCCGACGAGUCUGACCCAGACCAACGGUCAUCUCAAUACUAGCACAACAGCACCGCCGAACUGUACAACCGUACCGCCCCGUACAUGAACGACCCAUUGCCUAGCUACCCGACCAGGACCUAAGGCCCCAAAACUACGGUACCCGUUAUCAGAGAUAGAAAGUAAUCUUAUGUGAUUACGAGAGGCUGAUUUUUUUGAAAAAAAUUCUCAAGGCUUGUUGAACCGUAGGUUCAACAGAGUCAAAAAAAGAAAAUGAGAAAAGAAAAUGUAAAUAAAAAAAAAAA